AUGGGUGGAUGGUGGGGUCCCUUCUCAGGGCUGCUCUUUGCCCUGGACACCCAGGGGGGCUACUGGCCGGCCCCUCGCCUCGCCCCGCCCCGCCGUGUGCCCACCCCUGGCCCGCCCCGCCGCCCCCUCGCCGGCUCCCGCCGAGCUAGGGCGUCCCUGCCUGCAGUCCGCUGGCGCGCUGGCUGGGUGCUGGCGAGGCAGCCGCCGCCUCCCUCGGGCACCCGCAGCCAGCAGCGCUGGCCACUGCACGGCGCGAGCGCGGGGCCCGGCGCGGAGGCUCCCGAAGCUGCACCCCAGCCUCCCUGGAGCCCGGAGCUCGGAGCUCGGCGCCCUCGCUGCCCCCGCGGGCGGCCCGGCCCCAUGGCCCGGCUCGGCGCCCUGCUGUGCUGCCUGCUGCUGGCCCUGCGCAGCGAGGGCAGCCCGACCCCAGAGCCACGACUCUCCACACAGCACCAUCAUGACUAUGGCAUGACAGUUCCCUGUAGAACCGACUUCAGAGGUCGCUUCCUCUCCCAUGUGGUAUCCCAGCCAGUCACAGGCUCUGCUGGGUCUGGAAGGGCGGAUGAACCCUCAGCAUCAUCAAUACACGCAGGUCAUCGCCGUGCAGUGCGCAGCGCCCUCCGGCCCAGCCAUAGGGGUCGCUACUCUCUGUACUUCAACGUGACUGUUUUUGGGGAGCAGCUACACUUGCAUCUGAGACCCAACCGGCGUCUGGUGGUGCCGGGAGCCUCGGUGGAGUGGCAGGAGAAUUUCCAGAAGCUGUUCCAGCAGCCUCUGCGGCAGGAAUGUGUCUAUACCGGCGGGAUCACCGGCAUGCCCGGGGCGGCUGUUGCCAUUAGCAACUGUGACGGAUUGGCGGGCCUCAUCCGCACAGAAACUACCAACUACUUCAUUGAGCCCCUGAACCGGGGGCAGCAGGCCUUGGAGACCGGCGGGAGGACACACGUGGUGUACCGGGGGAUCACGGGUGCGCUCAACUGGCCAGAGCCCCAUGCAGACCUGCACAACGAAGCCUUUGGCUUGGGUGAUCUCCCCAACUUGCUGGACCUGGUGGGAGAUCAGCUGGGCGAUGUGGAACGGAAGCGGCGGCACGCCAGGCCAGGCGGCUACAGCAUUGAGGUGCUGUUGGCGGUAGAUGACUCGGUGGUCCGCUUCCAUGGCAGGGAGCACGUGCAGAACUACGUCCUCACCCUCAUGAACAUCGUGGAUGAGAUAUACCAUGAUGAGUCUCUCGGGGUCCAUAUCAACAUUGCCCUGGUCCGCCUGAUCAUAGUGGGCUACCGCCAGUCCCUGAGCCUGAUCGAGCGUGGGAACCCUUCCCGCAGCCUGGAGCAGGUGUGUCGCUGGGCUCACUCCCAGCAGCGCCAGGAUCCUGGUCACGCCGAGCACCAUGACCAUGUGAUCUUCCUCACCCGUCAGAAAUUUGGACCCUCAGGGUAUGCGCCAGUCACAGGCAUGUGCCAUCCCUUGAGGAGUUGCGCCCUUAACUACGAGGAUGGCUUCUCCUCAGCCUUCGUGGUGGCCCACGAGACUGGCCACGUGCUUGGCAUGGAACAUGAUGGCCAGGGCAACGGCUGUGCAGAUGAGACCAGCCUGGGCAGCGUUAUGGCACCACUUGUGCAGGCCGCCUUCCACCGCUUCCACUGGUCGCGCUGCAGCAAGCUAGAGCUGAGCCGCUAUCUCCCCUCCUACAACUGCCUCCUGGAUGACCCGUUUGAGUCUGUCUGGCCGAGCCCCCCUGAGCUGCCUGGUAUCGACUACUCCAUGGAUGAACAGUGUCGCUUUGAUUUUGGCUCUGGCUACCACACCUGUCCAUCAUUCCAGACCUCUGAGCCCUGUAAGCAGCUGUGGUGCAGUCACCCCGACAACCCCUACUUCUGCAAGACAAAGAAGGGGCCCCCGCUGGAUGGUACUGAGUGCGAACCAGGCAAGUGGUGCUUCAAGGGUCACUGUAUCUGGAAGUCUCCUGAGCAAGCCUAUGGCCUGGAUGGCGGCUGGAGCUCUUGGAGCCGCUUUGGAUCCUGCUCUCGCUCUUGUGGGGGUGGCGUGAGGUCCCGGAGCCGGAGCUGCGACAAUCCACCCCCUGCCUAUGGAGGUCGCCCAUGCCAAGGGCCCAUGUUCCAGUACCAGGUCUGCAACGGCGAUGAGUGUCCAGGCCCCUUCGAGGACUUCCGGGCCCAGCAAUGCGCCAAACGCAACUCCUACUACGUGUACAAGAGUGCUAGGCACCGCUGGCUGCCCUAUGAGCCUGAGGAUGACUCCCAGAAGUGUGAGCUGAUUUGCCAGUCAGAGGACACAGGGGAUGUGGUCUUCAUGGACCAGGUGGUGCACGACGGCACCCGCUGCAGCUACCGUGACCCCUACAGCCUCUGUGCGAGGGGAGAGUGUGUGCCUGUGGGCUGUGACAAGGAGGUAGGGUCCAUGAAGGCGGAUGACAAGUGUGGCGUCUGUGGCGGCGACAACUCUCACUGCAGGACUGUGAAGGGGACACUGGGGAAGGCGUCCAAACAGGCAGGAUCCUUCAAGCAGGUGCAGAUCCCCGCGGGUGCCAGGCACAUCCAGAUUGAGCUGCUGGAGAAGCACCCCCACCACAUUGCGGUAAAGAACCAGGCCACAGGAAGCUUCGUCUUCAACCCCAAGAGCAAGGAAGCUACAGACUGGACCUCAACAGCCUUGGGCCUGCAGUGGGAGUAUGCGGUGCAGGACAGCAAGGAGAGCCUCCGGACUGGUGGGCCCCUGCCUGAAGCUGUUGUUGUCCUGGUGCUACCCCCAAUGAAGGGGGGAUCCCACAGCAGCCUGAGCUACAAAUAUACCAUCCAUGAGGACCUACUACCUCUUAUUGGGAACAACAAUGUGCUCCUGGAGGAGACGGAUUCUUAUGAGUGGGCACUCAAGAGCUGGGCACCCUGCAGCAAGACCUGUGGAGGAGGUGUCCAGUUCACCAAAUAUGGCUGCCGGCGCCGCAGAGACCUCCACAUGGUGCAGCGGCACCUGUGUGACCCCCGGAAGCGACCCAAGCCCAUCCGCCGGCGCUGCAAUCAGCAGACCUGUGUCCAGCCCAUGUGGGUGCUGGAGAAGUGGGGCCCCUGCAGCCGAAGCUGCGGCAAUCUGGGGGUGCAGGUUCGCCGGGUUCAAUGUAUCUUGCCCCUCUCCAACGACACCCGCAAGGCCGUGCCAGCCAAGGCCUGCCCUGGGGAGCAGCCCGAGGCCCGGCGGCCCUGCCUCCGUGUGCCCUGCCCUUUACAGUGGCGGCUGGGAGCCUGGUCCCAGUGCUCUGUGUCCUGCGGACAGGGCAUCCAGCAGCGGCAGGUGAUGUGCCGGAACAGCACUCGUAGUGUGGGACAAUGCCAUGGUGACAGGCCAGAUACAGUCCAGAUCUGCAGCUUCCCUCCCUGCACAGAAAAUGUCAAGAAUGUUGCAGUGAAGGUGGAGCUUGAAAGCCCCGAGGGGCUGCCAUCUGAGCCCCCACAUUCACACAGCACGAUUCCAUCAAGUAAGUGGGUCUCCCCCAUCUGUCCCUGGGCCACCAUCCAGAUCCCCAGCAAGGCUGCAGUGUGGGUGGCAGAGGGUGGGCUGCAGCAUCCCCUGCUGGCCAGUGCUGUCCCCCACAGCCACUGUGUGUUGUGUGCAGCCGGCGAGCCCUGCCUGGGCGACAGGUGGGCUUUGGGCCCCAACACGGACCUGCACGCCAGCCUGGCCUCUGCCUUCUCCACUCCCUGGAGUCCUCAGUGGAGAUCCACCACCCCUCCAGGGACAUUGGAGCGCACCGAGGGGACAAUAGGAUCCGAGUUACCUCCGUGGGGUUCGUCCACGCUGCUCCCCAGACCUCGAGACACCAGCGACCCAGCAAUCCAGCAGCAUCCCUGGAGCUCACCCAGUCCAGCCUGGGGACCGCCCUGGACGCCCACUGAGGCCUCGAUGCCUGCCUCCCAGGCCCAGGACCCGGGCACCAGCUUUCCUGCCACGGCCCAAGUAACAUGA